CUGAACAACUAGUGACAAGGCCCAGAACUCUCCAAGCUGUGCUGCCGAAAGAUUUAAAAGACUGGUAGACUACAGGAACAGUCUGUGUUGUUUGGCUAGUUGUUACGAUAUAUUUGCAAAUAUUCAAGUGGAAUUUAUCUUACAGUACCGGGAAAAGGAAGGGCCGAUGAUAAUCUGGGUGGCACUUCAACGUUUGGACAGUUUUUCUGGGGAGUAAAAAAAUCACCUUUGGAAGUUUGGUGAUUGUUUUGGCGCUCUGUGAGGAGUGGAGAAACCGAGAUUGGUUUUGGAUCCUAUUUUGAGUCAGGAGACGAAUAAUUUUUUUCUUACCACAAACGUUGCACAAAAAACACGGGAUUCUCAGAUCUGUUGCUGUGGAAAGACGGCGUGCGUAUUUCGAUUUCUGCGACAUAUUUCUCUUGCUCGAGCCCAGCGUGGACCGCAGGCCAGACACCAUGGCGUUGUGAAGCAUGUCCACUAGCCGGGCGCUGGGGAGGGAAGCAGGAACGUUGAUGGCCUUAUUCAGUGAUCAAAUGGUCUUCUAAAGAAGCCAUGGGUAGCUGCUGUAGCUGUCCUGACAAAGAGUCAAUCCCAGAUAACCAUCAAAGCAAAUUUAAGGUGAUUAACGUGGACGAUGACGGUAACGAGCUGGGCUCAGGCGUGAUGGAGCUGACGGAGGAGGAGCUGAUUCUGCACACGCGCAAGCGUCACGCCGUCAGGUGGCCCUACCUGUGCCUGCGUCGCUAUGGAUACGACUCCAACCUCUUCUCCUUCGAGAGCGGCCGCCGCUGCCAGACCGGGCAGGGGAUCUUUGCCUUUAAGUGUGCCCGGGCUGAGGAGAUCUUCAACCUGCUGCAGGACAUCAUGCACAACAACAGCAUCAGUGUGGUGGAGGAGCCGGUGAUGGAGCCAGCCCAGGGGCCUGUGGAGGGAGAGGGGCCCCGCACUCCCCGCACACCCACCACUCCAGGCUACACCUCCCCGGUCGUGCCGAACGGGAUCCUGCGCUACCCCUCGUUCGGCGACGCGCCCUCGCGGCCCUCCAGCCGCCACCCCUCCGCGGGCAGCGCCCGCCUCCCGUCCGUGGGAGAGGAGUCCACUCACCCGCUGCUGGUCGCCGACGAGCCGGUCCACACGUACGUGAACACCUCAGGGAGGCCGGAGGAGUGGAGGGGGGGACGCACCGGGGUCCCCCCUCCCGCUGACCCCCCCCAGGCCUCCGACCACCCUCCUGAGCUGCCCGAGCCCCGGGUCCUGCUGGAGCCGGCGGGGGUGAAGUUCGUCCUGGGCCCCACGCCUGUGCAGAAGCAGCUGAUGGCCAAGGAGAGGCAACGCGAGGAGGGGCCAGCGGACCCAGGGGGCGGGGCUAGGGCGGAGCCUGCCGCCCAGUCAGCCCCGCCCACAACGGGCGUCAACGGCAACGGCCAGCCGGGCGACAGGGACACGGGCUACGACAGCGACGAGCGCAAGGAGGCGUCGACGGGGGCCGGAAACCCCGUCCACGAGCAUCUCAACGGCUCCGCCCCUCCCCGGCGGAUCCGCCCCCCGAUGCCCUCCCCCGACCCCCUGAACCUCAACAACUCGGCGCAGAGGAGAACCGCCCUCCUCAACUACGAGAACCUCCCGGCCCUGCCCCCCGUGUGGGAGGCGCCCAAGCCCAGCUCGGGCGGCGAGGAGGAGGACGAGGAGGACGAGGAGGAAGAGGACGACACCUUCGGACCAAAGACGCCGUCGCUCAACGGCUACCACCAUCACCACCUCCACCACCACCACCACCAUCACCCGCUCCACCUGCACCUCCUCCACCAGCACUCGCUGGACCCCGCCCACAACUACGUCAACACGGAGAACGUGACUGUUCCGCUGAGCGCGCACAAAAUGGAGUCCGCCCGGCGGAGAGACUGCGCUGCCACGCCCACGCCGACCGCCACCGUCUUCAACUUCGACUUCCGCCGGCCGGGCGCGCCCGACGCCCUCCGGCAGCAGCUCAACUACAUCGAGGUGGAGAUGGAGAAGGACAAGGGCUCUGACUCCAGCGGGCCGCAGACGCCCAAAACCCCCAGCACCCCCCUCCCGCAGACCCCCACGCGCCGGACAGAACUGUACGCCGUCAUCGACAUCGAGCGGACGGCCGCCAUGUCCAGCCUGCAGAAGGCUCGGCCGCGAGACGACGGCACCUCCAGGAAAACCCGGCACAACAGCACCGACCUGCCCAUGUGAGCCGGCUAGCACUUGUCACCUUGCUAGCACUGUGUGAGCCCUGCUAGCACUGUGUGGUGAGCCCUGCUAGCACUGUGUGAGCCCUGCUAGCACUGUGUGGUGAGCCCUGCUAGCACUGUGUGGUGAGCCCUGCUAGCACUGUGUGGUGAGCCCUGCUAGCACUGUGUGGUGAGCCCUGCUAGCACUGUGUCGCCCUGCACCUUUUCAUCCUUUUUCAAUACAAUUAAACCUUUUUUUGUUUUGUUUUGAAGAUGGAAGGGUUUCAGGUCGUGUAUAACUUUUUUUUUUUUUUUUUGUCUCCAAAAUGUCAAGAAGAAACACUAUUUAGAGGCUUAAAACCUAAUUCACAAGUUAUACAACGUAUAUAUUUGUGCUCUACCUGAAAGGGAAUUCUAAGUAAAACCAGGUACAUGCCAUAUAGCACUAUUGUAUUCCUACGGUAUGAUUCUACCUUCUUUUUUUGACCAAAUUAAGAUUUCCUGGGCCCUGUGUAUGUUGGCCACGACAGGCUGACCGCGAGGUCGGAAGAGCAUUCCUUUGCCCAUCCAAUGGUACGAAGUAGAGACUGCGGUUUAGUUUUUACAAACCUCAGAACUGUACACUACAUGCUGUUUCAAUCUCAGACGAUUUGUGGGCAUGCACUAAAGUUUUAAUGUAUCCACUACACACGGUAUAUGCCAAAACGGCUCACUUUCUCCAGGUCCAUGAAGCUGUAUUAUUUUUUACAUCGCCCUGGUUGCACUUAAAGGUACCUUAAACAAAACGGCACAGAUGUGAAGCCCAUUGCAUGCAAGCAGAAAACAUUGUUUAUGAUUUACAGAUGGGAAAAAAAAAAUGUAUCUCCUGGCUAACGACUACAAAAGUCACAGUUUUCUUCCCCCGAAUGUACUUGCUUGUUGAUGGAGAUUGUCACAUUAUGGUUAAGUGUUCUUCUGGCAAUCCUGACAACGUUGAAUAAUAAUCAAAGCUGUUUACGUCAUAUGAACUUUCGACCAUUUGUAGGAUCCUAGAGACUGCAGUCCAACUUUUCAUGGGUUAUCUUUUGCAUUGUAUCAUAUUGUAAGAUUAUAUGUUCUAACUUGCAUUAUACAAAUGAUAGUUUUUUUUCUACCCACCUUGACAUGCUUAAAUAUAGGAAUUGUAUAAAGGUAGUUUCAUAGGUUGCCUAUAAAACCAAUAAAAUAGUACUGAAGAGAAGUCCCUUGCCAAACUAUUUUUCAGCAAAUCACAAUUCAAGAAUUGGUUUAUUGCGGAUGUAUGCGUUCUUAUUUUGAUUUCAUGUUUGGUUUUCCAAAUAUGUAAAAUGUGCAACAUCACAGGGAAUAAAUGGACUCAUUCUUCCAAUAGUGCGAAACACCACAAUAAUAUACGGACUUUUUAUUGAAAUAUAUAUUUGAUAUUCGCAUUUUUCAGGUAUGGAUAUUAGUUUACCAAAAUGUUUGUAUUUUUAAAAGAAAAUAUGAAAAAAUAUCAUGUCGUGAUUUUUGUGAUACUUACAUCUUUGUCAUACGCCAUCAGCGCAAACAACUUAUUUUUGUAGCAUGGCAAAAUAAAAAAGACAAACAAACAUACAA